GGAUCAUGAACCCAGAAUCCAAGAGGGUUGGAGGCACAGGGCAUACCACAGCCCCCACUUCUCUCUCUCUCGCUAAAACCCCUCUCGUCCUCUCUUCCAAUAUAAGAACACACAAAGCCCUUACAUCGUUCAUCAAUUUCAUAUUUUUCUUUUUCGUUUUUUAAUCCUUUUAACUCAUAAACGGCCAUUGUUUCUCUCUCUAGCGAUACAUACAUAUAUAUGUAUAUGCAUGUGCAUCUCUUCUUUUGACGAUACAUUUUGAAAUUGGUUGUGCAAUUUGUGAGGUUUUCUUCUGGGUAUAUAUCUCAUCAAAGUGAAAGAAAAUGAUGGCAAGACUUGCACUCAAAUUCAUGAAAGAGUGUUCGUUUGGGAAGCUAAAACCAGGAAGUGCUUUUGGAGUUGGAGCUUCCAGACAUUCUUUUUCUUCUUCAGCCGCUAAACCUGUCACCAAGCUUCCUCACUCCUCCAAGAAAGGCAGGUUAUUGACUGGAGCCACCAUAGGCCUAAUUAUAGGUGGAGGAGCUUAUGCCAGUACUGUGGAUGAAGCAACUUUCUGCGGCUGGAUGUUCUCAGCGACAAAACUUGUCAAUCCAUUUUUUGCCCUUCUGGAUGCAGAGGUUGCUCACCGUCUGGCUGUUUCAGCCGCAGCUCGUGGAUGGGUUCCUAGAGAGAAGAGGCCUGAUCCAUCAAUAUUAGGACUUGAAGUUUGGGGAAGGAGGUUCUCCAAUCCUAUAGGUCUUUCUGCUGGUUUUGACAAAAAUGCCGAGGCUGUUGAAGGUUUACUUGGAUUAGGUUUUGGCUUUGUGGAGGUUGGAUCCGUAACUCCUGUUCCACAGGAGGGUAAUCCAAAGCCUCGGAUCUUCAGAUUGCGACAGGAAGGUGCUAUAAUUAAUAGGUGUGGCUUCAACAGUGAAGGAAUUGUUGCUGUUGCGAAGCGGUUGGGUGCGCAGCAUGGUAAGAGGAAGUUGGACGAAACUUCAAGCACUUCAUCUUCUUCCAACGACGAAGUCAAACAUGGAGGCAAAGCUGGUCCUGGAAUUCUUGGGGUUAACCUUGGGAAGAACAAGACCAGUGAAGAUGCUGCUGCAGAUUAUGUACAAGGGGUUCAUACAUUGUCGCAGUAUGCUGAUUAUUUGGUCAUCAAUAUUUCAUCGCCGAAUACCCCUGGACUGCGCCAACUUCAGGGAAGAAAACAGCUAAAAGACCUUGUUAAGAAGAUCCAAGCUGCUCGUGAUGAAAUGCAAUGGGGUGAGGAGGGCCCCCCUCCAUUACUUGUGAAAAUUGCACCAGAUUUGUCCAAACAGGACCUUGAAGAUAUUGCAGCAGUUGCUCUUGCUCUGCGCUUGGAUGGACUGAUCAUUUCAAAUACAACCAUUUCAAGACCAGAUCCAGUAAGUAAAAAUCUGGUUGCUGAAGAAUCUGGUGGCUUAAGUGGGAAGCCUCUCUUUGAUUUGUCUACUGCUAUCUUAAAGGAGAUGUAUCUUCUAACAAAGGGAAAGAUUCCUUUGAUUGGCUGCGGCGGUGUUAGCAGUGGUGAGGAUGCAUACAAGAAGAUACGAGCUGGAGCAAGUCUUAUUCAGCUUUAUACAGCAUUUGCCUAUGGGGGACCUGCUUUGAUACCUCAGAUGAAGGCUGAACUGGCUAAAUGCUUAGAGAACGAUGGCUUCAAGUCUAUCUACGAAGCAGUCGGUGCAGAUUUCAGAUAGUUUUGAUCUGUUUUGGGUGACCCCCAAGAAGUACAAACAUAGGAGAUUGUGGAGCUGUACCUGUUCCAUUUGUUUUACAAAUUAUUCUACUGUGCAUUAUCAAUUUAUAUUUAGAUUUUAUUUUUUGUAUGCACCUUCCCAUUUUUCUGGCUGGCACGGGGAUUUUUUCUUGGGGGUGUAAUGUAGGGAGAGAAUUUUGAAGUUUUUCACUAUGGCCGGAUUUCUUUUUUGCUCAUUAAAUUAAUAUAUGAUGUAAUAUAGAGACUAUAGAUUAAGCAAACAUAUAGAUAUAUAUUUUCUUAUAUAUGGAAAGAUAAUUUGAUUAGUUGUU